CCGGCCGUCCAACAACAGAUGGCGCUACAGUACCUGACGUCACGCAUAUGGCGGAGAGCGUGUAAUCCUGAGUUUGCCCUAUGAAGAAAAACUUUCUUUCUUUAUUACAUUAAAAAUCACAAAGUUACCCUGUUUUGCUACCAGGGAAACGACCAUCAUGAUAAUAGUACUGAAGACGUUACAGCAGAAAUCUUUCAAGGUGGAAAUAGAGGAGAGUGCAACGGUCAGGAAUCUCAAAGAUGAAAUUGAAAAGAAAUAUGGAAAAGAAUUUCCUGCCUCCGGGCAAAAGUUAAUUUAUGCAGGUAAAAUCUUAAGUGAUGACAACCUUCUAUCAUCAUACAAUAUAGAUGAAAAAAGUUUUGUUGUAGUCAUGGUAACAAAGAGAUUGCAAACAGACGAAAAGAAAGAAGAAAAGAAGGAGGAAACGAAACCACAAGAAACUGCUGCUUCUGCAGCUGCUGCCAGUGCAUCCGCAAGUAGUGCCCCGUCUGCUGCAGCCGAGAGCACACCUAAAGCAGCUGAGGAGAAGAAGAAGGAAGAAGAAAAGGCAGCAACCCCAGCCCAAGAAACAAAACCAGAAACACAGCAGUCAAGUGGAGUUGAAGCCUUCCAUAAUGCAGAAUCCACGCUAGUGAUUGGUGAAGAAUAUGAGAAUAUGGUGACAGAGUUGAUGAGUUUAGGCUUUGAAAGAGAUAAAGUCAUCAGGGCAAUGCAAGCAAGCUUCAACAAUCCAGAUAGGGCUGCAGAGUACCUCAUGACGGGUAUUCCAGAGUUUGUUCCAGAGUCAGCACCUGAAACGCCGGGAGGUCAACCAGCAUCACAGCAAUCAUCUCAACCAUCAUCACAGUCCUCAUCUCAACCAGGAGGUGAGAUUCCUUCAUUGGAAUUCCUAGUUCAACUUCCUCAGUUCCAGCAGUUACGGCAAGCCAUAACUCAAGAUCCAUCCAUGCUUGGUCAAUUCAUCCAGUCACUAAGCCAAUCAAAUCCAGAGCUUCUCCAGAUGAUAAGUGAGAGGCAGGAAGAGUUCAUUGCCCUGAUCAACCAGCAGCCUGAUGCAGCGGCACAACCUGCUUCGGGCGGUGGCAGUGGUGGUGGUGGUGGAGGAGGGAGUACCCAAUCACAACCUUCAGCACAGCAGCAGCAAUCCUCAUCACAACCUACCAAUCCUCCCAGCCUACAGGCAGGGGGACAGCAAGGUGGUGGAGGUGGUCCAGGUAUCAGGAUGUCAGCUGAGAACCCAGGUGUCGCGUACAUUGAACUCAUGCCAGAAGAGAGGGACGCAAUUGAAAGACUGAAGGGCUUGGGUUUCCCAGAACAGGAAGUAAUAGAAGCCUACUUUGCUUGUGACAAGAAUGAAAAUUUAGCUGCGAAUUUCCUCCUUCAGAACUGAAUCACCUAUUAUUAUUUUGCAGAAGUAACCAAUAUUGUUUCCUUGGUCACCAGGGGCUGUUAUUGUAAUGUUUCAAAGAAUCAAGUAUCAAUGAAGCAGAUUGUUUCUAUUCAACUCUCGAUCUUUUUUAAUAAGCCUGUCACACACUACACAUUCCAACUACGAUGUUAUUUAUGAACAAAUCACAUUUUUCAUUAAAAUAUGUAAUUUGAAGAUGUAGACUAAAUUUUUUGAGGUUCAGCACGAAGCUUGGAGUGCUAAAAUUCGAAUUCUGCUUUGCUGGAAGCUUUGUAGUCACACAGUGAAUUUUAAAUCAGCUUCAAAUCCCAGCUAAUGAUGGUUUCAUUUUGAUUUGGGUUUGAAAUUGCUGUUAUUCCUAAAAGGGGAGGGCUUAAAAUUGACUGACAUUUUGAUUUCAGUACUCGUACCCCUAUUUGGAAAUUUUGAUCAUUAAGAUUUUAUAGGUUGGAAUGUCAAGGUCAAAUGCUAUUACAAUUUUUUUUUAUCAGAUCGCAAAAAAGCGUGUAGUGUAUGACAGGCUUUAGUCACAUCCAUGAUCCAGUGUUGUGUUUUGGAACAAAAAAGUUGGUGGAUUCAAAGUUACACUCAGACAGCGUUUUUUUUUUUUUUUAUCUCGUUAUUUGUCUGAUGACGACACGGUAGACAGGCAUUCUUGUAGCAUAAUAUAACCAAUCAAGUUUUGUCUUAUUAUACCAUAUGGAAUGGAAUCUCUGUGCCACUCAAAAUCAAACUCAGCUUUAUGUGAAACAGUGCCCUCUACUGUCGAUAUUUAUAUCAUUGUUGUUCAGUGCUCAAUGACAUAAAAUUUCACUGAGAUCUUGGCUUCAAUUUCAUCAUAGCUGCUGCACUCAACUAUAAGUUCAAUCCGUUGAAAAGCAUUUACAGCCGUGCUAAAAAGUAAGUGUAUCCCACCACAAAAUGGACUCCUUCAUGCCGGAAUGUUGAAUGUAGACAACAAUACUACAAUAUUUGGCAAGCCCAGAGAAACAAACUUUAUUGAAUGUAAAAUUUUAUCACCUGACUUUACAAUUAAAUAUCUACAACAUGACGGAACUCUUUCAGUGUGUUCAUUUUCUGGGCUCCGUAACACAAAGGUUUGCGAUGAAUUGCAAAUAUAAAAUAACCGCACUGAUUGGUUCACGGACAGUAUUUUAAACAGAGCGCGCAUGCUACGGUGAUCCUGAUUGGUCAUUGGUAUUUAGCGAUUGAUUGGAACCUUUGUGUUAACGGAGCCCUGGUGGGGUUCACUAAUUUCGAUCACCACUGUAUAAUCUCUUAGGGAAAGAUAAUUAAAUGUUACUUUUUCACUUCAUCCAAAUGAUUCUAAAAGCCAAGUGAGUUUAUUCAUAAAUAUUUGUAUGGUGGGACUUAAAAAAGCACUUUCCUGGCAUGAUGAAUGUUGGAUGUACUAUGAAUAAAUAUUUUAUCUUUAACCACCAAUAGCAUACAAAGAAUUUGAUGAACACGGAAAAUGUAAUGUGUACAUUUGACUUAUACAAAUGAUUAUGUUUCAAUUUGUUCUUUACAUGUCAAGGAUAAAUUGUGAUGUUUAUUUAUUAUAUUAAUUAAUCUUGGAAAAGGAAAAAUGCUCUUAUAUACGGUCGAUUGGGAACUGCCCUAUCGAACCAUCAUUUUUACUACCCCCCCCCUCAUUCUGACCUAUUCCAUUCUUUUUUUCCCCAGAGUCUAGUACAAAUUUCUCCUUUCUCAUAGAUUCACAAGGUUUUAAUCAAAAAUAACAAUAAUGAUUUAAACUGCUCAAGUAGGAAUGAUGAAUAUUUGAACUUGUCACCAAGCAAAAGGGUUCUCACUUAAUCUACCCCCAAAUUUUUUACAUUUUGAAAACAAGGAAUUAUUAUUGAUUGAUUGUGUUUUUCUGCAUUGGCUUCAUUGCAUGCUCUGUGUACAAUUACACUUUAACAUUGAUAUAAAACAGACAAUUUUCAAUUA